AUGGAUACCCUCGACGACACCAAGCAAGACGUCGCCCACCACGAGAUGCGUUCCACGCGCGCCCAGUCCCGCGACGACUCCAGCACCUCGGCGCCUCCGGUCUCCAAGCACGACGAUGUCGCCGCCGCCGUCCUCGGUGCCGGCGCCGCGCCCGUCCGCCUGACCGAGGCCGAUAGCCGUCGCAUCUGCCGCAAGACCGACCGUGUGAUUCUGGUCAUCCUCGUCUGGGUCUACUUCCUCCAGAUCCUCGACAAGUCCGUCCUCGGCUACGGCGCCACCUACGGCCUGAAGGAGGAUACCGGCCUCACCGGCAACCAGUACUCCCUCGUCGGCUCAAUGGCCGCCAUCGCCCAGCUCGCCUGGCAGCCCUUCUCCUCCUACCUCAUUGUCAAGGUGCCCCAUCGCAUCCUCAUGCCUUGCCUCUGCCUCGGCUGGGGCAUCGCCCAGGCCUGUAUGGCUGCGAGCCGCAACUUUGGCGACCUCCUCGCCACCCGCUUCUUUCUCGGCCUUUUCGAGGCGGGCUGUCUCCCGCUCUUCAGCAUCAUCACUAGUCAGUGGUAUCGCCGAGCCGAGCAACCUAUCCGAAUCGCCGCCUGGUACGGCACAAAUGGACUCGCCACCAUCAUCGCCGCGGCUCUGUCCUACGGACUUGGACACAUCAAGUCGAACCUUCUCAAGGAGUGGCAAAUCAUCUUUUUAUUUGUCGGUCUCAUCACCAUUAUAUCCGCCCCCAUUGUCUACUGGAAACUCGAUAACGACAUUCCAACCGCCCGCUUCCUCAAUGAGGAGGAAAAGGCCCAGGCCAUCGAACGCCUCCGCGCGAACCAGACCGGCACAGGCAACCGCGAGUUCAAGUGGAAGCAUCUCCUCGAGGCCGCCCUGGAGCCCAAGUCGUACAUCUGGAUGGCCAUGGCCAUGCUGCUUAACAUUGGCGCCAGCGUCGCCAACACCUUCGGCCCCCUCAUCAUCAACGGCCUCCACUUUGACAAGUACACCUCCAGCCUGCUCAACAUGCCCUUUGGCGCGCUGCAGCUCAUCGUCAUCCUGCUAGCCAGUUACCUGGCGCAAAAGGCUAAGCUCAAGGGCGCCAUCCUCGUGCUCUUCGUGCUCCCCGUCGUCGCCGGCCUCGCCGUCCUGUACUCGGUCAAGCGCGACGACUCGGCGCGCGCGGCCCUGCUCGUCGGCUACUACCUGCUCGCGUUCCUCUUUGGCGGCAACCCGCUCAUCGUCACCUGGAUCGUGGGCAACACGGCCGGCACCACCAAGAAGUCGGUGGUCAUGAGCCUCUACAACGCCGCCAGCUCCGCCGGCAACAUUGUCGGCCCCAUCCUCUUCAACAGCGCCGACGCCCCCGCGUACAAGCCGGGCCUGCGCGCGUGCCUUGGCAUCUUCGUCACCCUCGUCGUCGUCAUCCUCAUCCAGUGGGCCAACCUCAUCAUGCUCAACAAGCUACAGGAGAAGAAGCGCGUCCGCAACGGCAAGGAGGCCAAGGUGGUUGACCACUCCAUGCAGGAGCACUACCACGACAUCCAGUCGGACAACGAGGUGGUCAGUGGCGAGGAAGGCAUUCCGGAGCAGCGGCUUGGGCAGAAUGCGUUCAAGGAUCUGACCGACAGAGAGAAUGAUGAAUUUGUAUAUAUUUAUUAA